AUGGCUGCCGAAAGCAAUGUGAAAGUACCCAGAAUCAAGCUUGGCUCACAGGGAUUGGAAGUGUCUGUGCAAGGACUCGGAUGCAUGGGCAUGACGCCACUUUUCGGCCAGCCGAAACCCGAGCCCGACAUGAUCAAGCUCAUUCACUACGCAGUCAACUCUGGCAUCACCUUCCUUGAUACGUCCGACAUCUAUGGGCCGAAAACCAAUGAAAUCCUUCUCGGGAAGGCUUUGAAGGAUGGAAUGAGGGAGAAAGUGGAGUUAGCUACGAAAUUCGGGAUUAGACUUGCUGAUGGGAAGAAUGACAUAUGUGGCGACCCAGCCUAUGUACGGGCUGCCUGUGAGGCCAGCUUGAAGCGGCUUGAUGUUGAUUGCAUUGAUCUUUAUUACCAACACCGCAUUGAUACACGUGUGCCUAUCGAAGUCACGAUGGGAGAACUAAAGAAACUUGUGGAAGAAGGUAAAGUAAAAUAUAUUGGUCUAUCAGAGGCCUCACCUUCUACAAUCAGAAGGGCGCAUGAUGUUCAUCCAAUUACAGCUGUGCAGUUGGAGUGGUCUUUGUGGACAAGAGAUGCUGAGGCAGAAAUAAUUCCCACUUGCAGAGAACUUGGCAUUGGAAUAGUUGCAUACAGUCCUCUUGGACGGGGAUUCUUCUCCUCCGGUCCAAAAGUGGUUGAAACUUUCUCUGAAGUGGACUUUCGAAAGCGUCUACCAAGAUUCCAACCCGAGAAUCUGGAGCUUAAUAAAAGCUUAUUCGAGAGGGUCAAGGAUAUCGCAAAUAGAAAGGGAUGCACCCCUUCACAGCUUGCUUUGGCUUGGGUACAUCAUCAAGGAAAUGAUGUGUGUCCCAUACCUGGUACCACAAAACUUGCAAAUUUUAAUGAAAACAUGGGAGCAUUGUCUGUAAAACUGACUGAAGAAGACAUGGCCAAACUCGAAUCUAUUGCUUCAGCCGAUGCUGUCAAGGGUGAGAGAUAUGGACCCGAUAUCCCUACAUGGAAAGAUUCAGACACCCCCCCUUUGUCAACCUGGAAGGCAGCUGCAUAA